AUGGAUGAGUUGUUUUCACGAUAUGGCGUUCCCGUCACCGUUGUGUCGGACAAUGGUCCGCAGUUGACUGCUGCGGAAUUUAAGGAUUUUCUGCAGAAAAGUGGUGUGAAGUUUCACAAUUUGUCGGCUCCAUACCACCCAGCAACAAAUGGCCAGGCCGAACGUUACGUGCAGACAACGAAAGACGCUCUGAAGGCUAUGGGAAUAACUACUUCUACGUUGCACUUGAACCUGAACAUCUGUAAUCAUGCCGACGAGGGCUUCGACGGUACCUACCCGACCAACGUGGUCGUCCGGAACAAUGGCUCCUGCCUGUACGUGCCGCCCGGCAUCUUCAAGUCCACCUGCAAGAUCGACAUCACCUGGUUCCCGUUCGACGACCAGCGCUGCGAGAUGAAGUUCGGCUCGUGGACCUACGAUGGCUUUCAGCCAUUAACCCACGAUCCAUCACGACUUGCCUGGGAAACCCAGACCCUUUCCAUCAUAAAUUAA